GGACGCAAGCCAGCCAUUUUCUUGUCACCGCCGUCAGCGACGCCGCCCAAUGUUGCUCUCCGCCGCCUCCCGCUCGACGCUCGUUGCUCGUCCCCUUGGUGCCCGCCUGGCCCACUCGGCUAUCGCUACCAAGUACUCCCAGGCGCUCUUCGGCGCUGCCCUCUCGCGUUCCCCGGACGCGCUCACCAAGGUGCACACCGAACUCAACACCAUCGCAAAGUCGCUCCAGUCCACCCCGGGCGCGUCUGAGCUUAUUGCCAACCCCACCAUCUCUGCCCAUGAGCGCGCAGCGGGCCUGUCCGCGUUCUUCGCGUCUGUCGAGAAGAAGUCCCCGAUCUCCGACUUGACCAAGAACUUCUUCAGCGUCCUCUCGGAGAACGGUCGUCUCGGCGAGACGGAGGGUGUCAUCGAGAGCUUCAACACCAUCUUUGCGCAGCACAACGGCGAGGUCACUGUUACCGUCACGUCCGCCGCGCCCCUGCCCUCAAACCUGCAGUCGCGCCUUGAGUCUGUGCUCAAGCAGUCCGAGGUUGCGAAGAAGGCGAAGGUGCUUAAGGUUGAGAACAAGGUCAACCCUUCCAUCGUGGGCGGCCUCGUUGUUGACUUCGGUGACCGUACGAUCGACCUCAGCGUGCAGUCGCGCGUUACGAAGCUCAACCAGGCUCUCCAGGAGGCCGUCUAAGGGGUUGUUUGGGCAGCGGCGCCGUAGAUCAUGCAUACCUACAAAAUGGAAUAUUGACCAUGUCCUGCAUUAGACUCUGGGCAAUCAUCCGGCUAGCUGAGUUUGAA